AUGAUGCAUCAGCAGCAGCAGCAGCUACUGCUGAUGCAUCACCUGCUACGCCAGCAGCAGCAGCAGCAGCCUCGCCAACUGCACCACGGGCAGAGGCCCGCUUACGAGUGGCACGGUGCUCUGGGCGAGGACAACUUGAUGAGCAUCGAUGAACUGGCUCGGUUCGCCAAGGAGCUCAAGAUGAAGCGCGUCAACCUGGGCUUCACGCAGGCCGAGAUGGGGAUCUCCAUCGGCUCGCUGUGCGGCCGAGUGUUCAGCCAGACGACGAUCUGCCGCUUCGAGGCGUUGCAGCUGAGCCAGAGGAACCUGUGCAAGCUGCAGCCGCUCUUCAAGCUGUGGAUGGAGGAUGUGCAAAGCAACGGCAGCAUCAGCAGCAAUGGCGGCAUUGGCGGCAAUGGCAGCAAUGGCGGCAAUGGCGGCAAUGGCGGCAAUGGCGGCAAUGGCGGCAAUGGCGGCAAUGGCGGCAAUGGCGGCAAUGGCGGCAAUGGCGGCAACGGCGGCAACGACACCAAAGAGGGCGUUGAGAACGCUGCGGCCGGACAGACCCUGAGCAAGACUCCGCGUGAGGUGGUGCAACGUAUUCGCAAGAAGCGCACCUACUUUGCGAGCUACACGCGGAUGCAGUUGGAGGCCUACUACAAUGUCUGCUCCAAGCCCAACAUGUCGGCCAUCGCGAGCAUCGCCCAGCAUCUCAAACUGGAGAACAAUGACGGUGAUGGACCCCUCAGAGUCCUGCUGCGUUCUACGGCAUCUACAGUACCGGAGCCAUUGCUAACGGAGGUGGUGCGUUUGUGGUUCUCCAACCGGCGGCAGAAAUGCAAGAAGGCCUGCACAUCUUUCCCCGACGACAACGUGCCACCGUUUCACGCCAACGGGCACAAUGGGCCUGGAGCAGCCGCGCCCGUCGUCAUUGUCCAUGACAACAUCGACGGCAGCACCGGCGGCGGCGGCGGCGGCGGCGGCGGCGGUGACAUCGUGGCGGCGGCGGCGAUGGCCUACGACGGAGCCUUUGCGGCGUGUCACGACGAGGGCGGCGUGUGCAAGAUGGAGACAUCCGACGACUCUUGCCUGCGCAGCGCUGGCGCCCCUCGCAGUGGAGACGCCGGCGCCUGCGGGUUCAACGGCGACGCCGGCUACGACGGCGGCGAUGGCGGCGGCGAUGACGGUGGGAGGGACGGGAGCGGUGACGGCAGUAACCUCUUUCCGACCGCGGUGCACACUUACAUGCGCUCCUUCGCCGGUUCCGGCCUCAAUGACACUUAGGCUGACCAUGGGUGGCAGCACCGGGCAGAGUCUAGCGGAAGUUAGUCUUGGUACUCUUAGACCUGGCUGAAGGUAAAUGUCCCGUUUUUAGAUGCAUAGUGAGACUCCUUUCCUAGACUGGGGAGGGUUAAUGGUCUAGGAAAGACUCAGGCUUUUGUGGUUGCUCUAGGUGGGAGUGGAGCCUUCUCCACAGCAGCCUGCCUACUCCUCCACCAGAAUUUCGAGGCGAGACUAAGCUCAGACCUAGUUGAGUGCCUGUCCUGUUUACAUCUUGAGUCCGUUGGGAGUUAAGGAGCUAAACUCGCCACGAGAGAGACGGGUCAAGAGGCAGAUAGGCCGGAUUCGACAACCUGGCUCAUCUGUCGACAGCCCAUCUACUCUCAGGGCCGCUUUUCUUAGUCAUGACCCUGGUCUCUAAC